ACGAUUUCCUCCCACUGCCGCCGCCCUCCUCCACCCUCGGUCUCGUCUUAGGAGUCGUGAAGAAAAGAAGCCGCCAUCAUGUCUGAUAAGAAGAUGAAUUCGAGCCGCCGGCAUCAUCUGAAGAGUGUGAUGCUUCAGAUUGCGGCGGCCUGGAUCCAACAGGAGAAAAAGGACAUCGCAGCAACCAAGCUGACCUACAUGGCUGAGAGCUGUCCUAAACCCAAUAUGAGUGGAGACCAGGCCGCCCUCAUGGAAACCUGCAGAAAAAUGGCCGCCCUCAUUGACAGAGUGGAUGAAGAACGAUACGACCUGGAGUCCAAAGUAGGCAAAGCUGAUAAAGAGGUACAGUUCCUGCUUCCUUAUUUAUGGGACCAUUCACCGUAGCUCAAUUUGCAUAAU